AUGGCGCGCUCGACCAUCUCUCGCACCCGGACAGGCUGCCGGGCCUGCAGGGCUCGGAGGGUAAAAUGUGAUGAGAGCCAUCCCGUCUGCCGUCGCUGCGCGCGAAACAACCGGGGCUGCGAAUACAGCUUUCAGUUGACCUGGCUUGACGAAUCGAUCGCCAAGGGCGUCUGUCAUGGUAGGACCGGAGUAUGGUCAAAAAACGGCCGCAAGAGAAUGGAUGUUUCAAAUGAGCACGACCUGGCUAAGAUGCCGCGACAUCCUACGCCUAGAAUUUCGCACCAGCAGUGGAUGUUUUUAAACACGUCUGCUGACGACGUGAAUCGGCUCUGUGUGGAGUACCAUAGGGGAUAUGGCGGGAACUCGCUCGGUCAUCCACGGCUGCUACUUUCACCCGCAAUGAAUACAAUGCCAGUCACGGUCCUGAAUCGAUCCAGCGAGGAUCCUAUGCUGCUGGCAUUCUUUGAGACGGUCAUUUGCAGCAGCUCAACCCUGGUCGACAAUGUACAAUCCAAUCCAUAUCGAUACUUGAUCUUGCCCAUGGCUCUUAGUUCUGAUGGCAUCUAUCAUGCGGCAUUGGCCAUUUCCGCAAAUACCCUGCGUCUCUCACAAGUGCGGUAUCGCAUUCCUGCUCUGGAACACCAUCACCGUGCGCUACUCCACCUCCAAGGUCUUCUAGAUCAGGAUAUUUGGUCAGAUCGGGAGAUGGACGAGAUAUUGGGGCUUGUUCUGAUGCUCUGUUGGUUUGAGAUUUCAGAUCAUAGUCGUUCAUCGUGGGUGACUCACCUUGAUGGGUUCCAGAAUGUCAUGUCUGCACGAAAGCAAAGAUAUUGGAAAACAUCGUCGCAGCACAGCCAGGAGCUUGUUGGUUUCUUCGACCGUUACUUUGUUUUCCACCUCGUUCUUGCCCGAACUGCCUUUCGAUGGGAUUGUCCACGAACGCAUCCAUGUCUUUCUGCCUUGCCUUCGAGUCCAUCCUCGGAUGUUAUUGAUCCUUAUAUGGGAUUCAGCCAUGCGCUGCUUCUCUUGAUAGAUGGAGUGACUGACUUAGCAUGGCAAGAGCGUGAGCUGGACAUUCAGAGCGCAUAUAGACUGAAGCACUCGUUGGAGGUGCUCCGUCAGACGCCACCUCAUGCGGAUAUCGACUUGCACUCGGGGCAAGAAUGUAUGGUCAUUGCUGAAGCAAAUCGCUUGGGCGCAAUGUUGCUUCUAUGUGAGAUAUGUUCGUCUUCUACGUCAACCUCUUCAUGUCCAUCGUUUACGUCUGAGGAAAAACUCCGCUAUGUUCGUCAGAUUCUCGAUCUCAUACAGGCGCACAAGUCCAACAUGAGGCGCACUGCAGUGAUCCCUCUAUGGCCUCUCUUCCUAGCAGGUUGCUGUGUCUCGGAUGAUAAGGACAGAGUCAUUGUUCUGCAGAUUUUCCAAGAGUGGGAGGCCAUUCGUCGUUUUGGUAACAUCACCCCGGCAAGAGAAGUGGUAGAGAUGAGAAGACAGCCCGCUUUGAGUGGGAACAUGCGAUGA